AAAAAUCUGCACAGACACACCCAGUGUCAGCUCCGGUCCUGGUUUGAGGUGUGACUGUACCUGAGAGGGUGUGACUUCACACCGGGCUCCAAAUCAACCUCAGACCUGUUUUCAGAGGACUCUCUGCUAUCCCGAGUGUGUGCCUGAAACAACAGUAAGUGCUCCGACUUUGACGUUUUAACGCAGAAAUGGACAAAGCUAGACGUGUCGAGGAAAGCAGAUUUUAAACGGUUAAAUGAGUUAACAGCAGUUUAGUCAUGUGGAGAUUACUUUAAUAACUCUGGAGGAGAUCCAGGAUUUUAAAGAGACUAGACGCAUAAAAUUAUCAAAUCAUUCAUCAGAUCUGAGUUUAUAUAUUUGGUUGAGAGUGUUUCUGUUUUUCCUUCUUCUCCAGCAGCCGCCAACAUGCCUGAAACCGCCGAGGCUCACAUGGUGACCCUCACCACCAACCGCAUCUGUGUUAUCGAGAUCAAAAACGCCAGCAAUGUCUACUGCUUCUACCAACCAAGGUGAGCCCUCCUGCUGUGUCCCGACCCUCCGGUGCAGAGCUGCUGUUCUCCAUGGUUUAACCGUUUCAGUGUGUAUGAAGUUAGUCUGACAUCCUGAAAUGUGCAUCAGUUUAGGGAAAGUUACCUGAAUUGAGACGCACAGCAGCUCGAGCUCACUCACUGCACUCCUGUUGUUUCAUCUUUAAGGUCUGCAAAAAAAGAAUCACAUGAACAGCUUUUUAAAAGUGACACUUUAAAAACCCUUCAAGCUCAUAACUCAUAAAUGUGCAUCUUUGAAUCAAAUCUUUGAACGAGUAAAAUACUUCACAAAAGCAGAAAAACUAUUUGGUUGGAAUUAGCUGCAGGUUUCAGAUGUCACUCUUUGCAGGAUGCAUCUUGUGCAUGAAUCAGAGCUGAGAUUACACUUGUGAUUUACGCAACAACUUAUCAAAUAGAGGGACUAUUUUCUGCAGAACUAGGACUUUGACCAGCAAUCUUUAGAGCUUGAUGUUUUUAGAAUUUUCUUUCUCAACAUGCAACCAAACCUGACAGAGCUGAGCAGCCGGUCUCUCUCUCUUAUAAAGAAAAAACGUUCAGCUGUGAUUCAUGUGUUCACGUUCUUCUUCUUCUACCCUUCAGCGUGUUCAUGAAGAGCGGCUUCUCCUACUGCCCUCCGCAACCGACCCUGGGCAGCAACAAGACUGAAGUGUGCUCCUUCACCAAGGAUGACAACACGGCCUCAGGCGCUGUCGGCGUUAUGACCUACGACCUCUUCAACAUGCACACCCGCCAAUGCACUGAGAUGAUGGCCAUCAUGUUCUCUGUGCCAUUCGACUAUAACUUCUAUGCGAACUGGCUCGGGGUCGGCAUCUUCGACAAAGAAACGCCCUGUGAUGAAAAGCUGUUUGAUCAAAUGUACAACGAUACGGAUGAAGCCCACUUUAAGCACUACAAGGCCGACGGUUCGGGGAUCGUGUUCAAGGGCGACAUGGUGGAUGUGAGGGCCUGCAUGUCUGACGAGGGGAGGGCGAUCGUGAAACUGGAGUUUUACGACAAGAUCGGCCGAUGAGUGUAUGUGUGUAAUGUAAUAAGAUCACAAUGAGUGUAAAAGAAACACGCUAUUCAUGUCAUGUUUAAAGAAAUAAAGAAAAACAGUGACAUCUGAA